AUGGACGCAUAUCCCGAAGACUACGUCAAACACAACCUCCCCUUGGUCCUGCUUUCGGGGUUUGAAUCUGAUUCCGAAGAUGGCUCUAACUCAUCUGUUGAAUACCCCCUUCUCCAUGAGAGGGGCCACAAGAUCUUCAGCGAUUUCCCCCUGUUGAGCGGAGCUGUUGCGGAGGAAUUGCGGAGAGUGUUGUUGGAGGAUGAUGGAUCCGACUUGCCUUGGAGAGCGGGCCUAGGCUCAAAUGGGAACUCUGCAGCGCCGCAUAUAGCGUACAGAAUUAAAAGCACUGGCCGAUCCUAUCAACUUCCCCCGCUAAAGGCAGACCCUCCCUCGAUUUCGUCUCCUAGAAGCUCAACUACCGACUCAGAUACCGGUGCCAGCUCUACCACGCCAUUUGUCCUCCACUCGCCCAUCUCUCCCUUAACACCCAGCUCCCCCACAUUUCCAGAUGGCUUGCUUACUCCGCUGUGGGUGACAAAACACCAAGAACUCGUCCCUGCAGCUGUAAUCAACUUCUUUCCAUUAUCCCUGGACCCGAAUAUGAACUCGUUGCGCGACAAUCAACUCAAAAUUGAACUUAAUAGCCUGAAAAAAGAAUGGUCGGAAUCUGGCUUCAAAACGCGGUUCUUGACUGUCUUGAUAUCCGAGGAGGGUGACGGAGGAUACGAGGGUGAAAUUGAUGAUCGCGUGGCAGGCAUUCGGCGAGCAACAAAUCUGGAUCAAAAGUCGAUAUUUGUGAUCCCCCCGGACGCAACAUCAUCCGAGCUCAAAGACUUUGUCAAAUCAUUGUUCUCUCUGCUACAACCCUCGGUCGUGGAAUACUACCGGGACUUAUCCAAACAUGCUCGUCGCAAGCGGAAUCGGAGUAGCAUCCCGCCGCCAACUGCACCUCCCACAACCGGUACAUCUCAAACGCUCUCCCUGCAAGGGUGGAAUGUACGUUAUGAGUUUAAGCUCGGCAUAUUCGCAGAGUUUCGCCAAGAGAUGGAUGCUGCUUGCCGCAGUUACGAGGGUGCAUAUGAAACGUUGUUUGGACAAGAAGUAUUUGAAAACAUCGCAGGCUGGGAUGCUCGUUUCAAUGAUGCGCGUCUGUUGGGUGAUGCUAUUGCGAUUCGAAUCAUCCGCUGUUUGCUUUGGACGGCCCAGACAACUGCGGCGACACGUUUUUGGGUCGAUCACAGGAUUCGAACGAAAGAUAUCGUCUACCGCAGAGGCAAGGGCAGCAAAAAUUAUGGCUGGGAAGCCUGGGAGGCGCGGUGGUCAAUGAUCAUGGCUCAGCUCAUUCGCCGCGCAGAAGCGUCCCCGGGAGUAACUGAAGCUUCAACCAACCAGGCGUCUGACUUGUCAAUCUUCACCAUGCCGGAGAAAUCAAUCUCGGCUGGUGAGCGAGUAAACCCGUGGGAGCAAAUGCAUCAUGAGGGGUAUUGGAUGUACCGCUCAGUCAAGCACUCCAUGACUCGUCGAGCUCUCGCCAUGCAGAUCCCAAAGGAGGACCGGAUUCCCCCUAGCCAAACUCCUGCCUCGCAAAUCGCGAACAAGUCUUACUUAUACGAUACUUAUCUCGCCCCAGAGACUCACGUGGAGAGCCCCGCGUCAGAACAGUCUGGCUUUAAUCAUUCAGAAUUGAUCCUGAACACGAUGAAGUCUGCCCUUGAAGAAUUCUCUAAACGGGAUCAGAAACGACAAGUCGAGAGGCUCAGCCUGGAAAUUGCCGAGGAGUACAUUCGUAUUGGUUUGUGGUCUGAAGGAUACCAGGUCUUGCAACCGCUAUGGGCGACCCUCAGCUGGCGUCGCUCUGGAUGGUGGGCGCUGAUGAAAAGAUUCGGAUGGGCCUUAAGAGAAUGCGCUCUGAACCUGAAAGACAGCGAAACCCUUUUGCGAGUUGACUGGGAGCUGCUCAACAAAGUUUUCCCGCCGAGACCUUCAUGGCAUUACGACAUACAUCGAUCCCUCGAGAGCUACCCCUCCGAGAAGCCCAAGCCUUCUGUUGUUCUCCGGGCCGAGGACGUCAUGACAAGUUUGACUGCAUCCGUCGUCUUCGAAAAAUCCGAGGGCAACGUCGGAGAACCUUUGCAGGCUCAACUCGUCAUUUCAUCAUGUGCUCAAAUGGUAUCUGCUCCGAUUAAGCUUGCCGAGGUGAAGCUUGUCUUCGAGGGGUGUCUUCGUCCAGUGAGACUUCAAUCCAAUCUCAAUAAAGACUCCGACACGACAACCCCCUCCUGCAUCUCAGACAUAUCACUCCGCGAACCUAGUAGCCUAGGCGACCCUAGCAUUCAAUCUCCCACGGCCGCUUUGGCAACACUGGUUGGAAUUGCGGAUUUGACGAUUGGACCUGGUCAGACUAAGAUCUUUAAUCUUGCUUGCAUUCCACGCGAAGCUGGAGAGAGUCUCGUUGCUUCUAUUGCGAUGCUUGUCGACGGGGAGAAGUUCGACCUUGCCUAUGUCAUUACUGAGUACGACCUGCAUGAGUCUUACUGGUGGCAACAGACCAAGAAUGGCCCUUCCCGCAGAAGAGUUGGCAAGGACCGAGAUACCGGCAAAUGCAAGAUCAUGCCGAAGCCCCCAAAGAUUCGCAUCUCGACACCCAAUUUCAAGGAGACUUAUUACACCAAUGAGCGGGUGGCUCUUCGGAUCGGCCUGCACAACGAAGAGGACGAAGGUGCUGAUGUAUCGGCGGAAAUUCGACUCUUCGGUAGCCCCGAAUCUACUACUAAACUUGAAUGGCUUGACGGGAACGAAGGGGAAGAUCCUCUGGAAUCGGGAGCAAGCACCCCGACAGAGGGUGCAUCCCACUUUUUGAAGCGGAACAUCGGUGUUAUGGGGCGGUCUUCAGAUAAAGAUUUCACUAUUGUGUUGGCCGACACUCAGGAUGCUGCGAAGUACACCCUGGAGAUCUCGGCCGUGUAUCACCUUGUAUCUGAUGUCCAGACCCCUAUCAUCAAGACCAUUACAGUUGAUCUUUCAUUCGUGCGACCAUUCGAAGCGAACUAUGAAUUCCUACCUCGCGUCCACCCUCAACCAUGGCCGAGCUUCUUCUCCGUCGGUGAUGACCUGCUUAGCAAAGACUCGGAAUCCACACCGGGUGGAUUAGCGCAGCGAUGGUGCCUUAAUUCGAAGGCUGUAUCGUUUGCCCUGGAGCCUCUUGUCAUUGAAAAGAUGUCUCUGAAGCUUCUCACUGUAGGCGCUGGCUCCGUGUGCAAUGUCGAGUCCGAGGCCCUCAUCAGCCCAGAGACCCCCUACAUCGCCCCCGAAGAGCUACGGGAGUCUAACUUCUUACUGGAUGUUCAGAAGAUGACUCUGGGUGAUCGUCUUGCCACUCCUCUCAAUUUUGCCUUGGAAAUAGACUGGCGUCGGCAUUCGUCUGAUGAUGAAACUUCACCCGAUAUCACCACGAGUAUUCUCGAGAUCCCCCGCUUCGUUGUCCCAAUGGGCGAACCCCGCGUCCUCUGUUCAGCAACCCCCUCCACUACCAUGUCGGGCCUGGUUCAUCUGGAGUACACCCUGGAGAAUCCGUCUACUCAUUUCCUCACAUUCAACUUGAUGAUGGAAGCCAGCGAGCACUUUGCAUUCAGCGGGCCCAAGUCUACGGUUGUCCAGCUCGUGCCGUUGAGCCGUCAUACAGUACGCUACAAUAUCUUGGCCGCAAAACGUGGGCUCUGGCUUCAACCCCAGCUUGUUAUUGUCGACACAUACUUCAAUAAGACUCUUCGCGUUCUUCCAACCGGAGAAAUGCGUGCAGACAAGAAGGGCAUCCUGGUAUGGGUUGACGCGGAAGAUUAA